GCGGUCAGGUAGGUAUGAAGGGACAUAUGAGAGGCGGUGCGUAAACAGAGUGGGCGAAGAUGGCGUCGAGUAAGAAGGGCGGAGGGAAUAACAGACUGGAGAGAGUUGUGAAUGGAAGACGCUCAUCCAAAUUCAAAGAGGGUCCUGUUGGUCUCCCAUCUCUAAUGUCAACAGCUGACCCUGACAGCGCCAACCUGAUCAGCAGAGAGGAGGCUGACAUGGACAAAGCCUUGAACUCAGAUUCUGUGAUGGACACCCAGGCAGUGUUUGCGGCACUGUACGGCGUAUGUGAAGAAAACGUGACUUUCUUCUCGGGCGGAGCCAAGGGGACCCAGGGUGAUGCGGGUCGACGUCUCGUGGAGGCCAUGAAACUGAUCCAGGAACACGCGCGCAGCCUGGAGCCUGUUAUUUCUGGCUUCGCUGCCGUUUAUCAACAUUUUGACUUUGAUCCACACAUACCUGCAAAUGGCUAUCGCUCGCUCGUCAAGGUUGUGCGUUGCUGUCUUCUCCACAUCGUCCACAAGGGGCGCUACAUCACAGCCAACCGCCACAGCAUCUUCUUUCGGGUAGCGCACAACAUGCGAGAGAUAGAGGCGUACUGCAACGCGCUCUGUCAGCUGCGCGCCCUGCUCUACCUGGCGCAGUGCAUGCUACACGACAACAGCCACGGAAACCUGUUCUUCCAGGACGAAAGUGGCCUCAGCGAGAGCUUCGUCCGGGAAUACGCCUCCAUGCAUAAAGGAUGCUUCUAUGGCCGCUGCCUGGGUUUUCAGUUUACGCCGGCCAUCCGACCGUGUCUUCAGACCAUCGCUAUCGGCCUCGUGGCCUUUGGCGAAAACUACAAGCGUCAUAAGUCAGGAAUAGUGGACGCAGGAGGUAUUGCACCGUACGGCGUGGCAGCCAGCUCUUUCUUUACCUCGGGCAAGUAUGCCAUUGACCCGGAGCUGAGGGGGUCAGAGUUUGAACGGAUAACUCAGAACCUGGAUGUACACUUCUGGAAGGCCUUCUGGAACAUCACAGAGACGGAGGUCCUGUCGAGUCUUGCCAGUAUGACCUCUACUCAAGUCAAGGUGAACAGAGCGCUUUCUGUGCCUCCUGUGCCCUUUGACCUUCCUCUAGCCACAAACCACACAGAGUCUGUAACGAUAGCUCCACCUUCGGCGCACAUCGGCCCCGCUCCUGUUCAGAUGAGACUCAUUUCUUAUGAGCUGCGUGAAGGACAGGACAGCGAGACACUGCUAUCUCUGUCUCGAUCUGAGGGAGGUGCUAUUUCUCUGUCCCUGGGGUUGAAGACCAAGCGCCUCCCUUCUUCCCCCUGCCUUCUCAUCCACUUCCAUGGGGGAGGCUUUGUGGCACAGACCUCAAAGUCCCAUGAGCCUUAUUUGAAAAGCUGGUCCCAGGAACUUGGUGUUCCCAUCCUUUCGGUGGAUUACUCUCUGGCCCCAGAAGCUCCUUUCCCACGGGCACUUGAAGAGUGUUUCUAUGCCUACUGCUGGGCUCUAAGAAACCACCAUCUACUUGGAUGGACCGGAGAGAGAGUGUGUUUGGCCGGAGACAGCGCGGGGGGCAACCUGUGUGUGACCACGUCGAUGCGCGCCGCUGCCUUUGGCGUGCGAAUGCCAGAUGGCCUGGUGGCGGCCUACCCAGCUACCCUGCUGACGGCCUACGCGUCACCCUCCCGUCUGCUUACACUUAUGGAUCCCCUGCUGCCGCUCAGCGUGCUCUCCAGGUGUCUCAGUGCCUACGCAGGUAAUGAGCCGCAGACCGAGAAGCAGGUAGAAAAAGUGAGCACGUUGAGCCUGGUGAGGAGAGAUACGGCCCUGCUGCUGCGGGAUUUCCAACAGGGAGCCUCUAACUGGAUCCAAUCUCUGCUGGAUCCCAACAGAGCAUCAGCCUCCUCCAACACAUCUGCCAAGACGACACCAGCAACCCCCGAUACACCGACAAGCGAUACAGUGAGAAAAAGCGUCUCGGCAGCUUCCAUCUCCUCUCCUCACGCCGACCCGCCUGUGCCCAACGAGCCGUCGCUGCUGCCCGGCAGAAAAUUAUCUGUGAAGAGCAAGACGUGCCAGGACUUGGAGUCCCACAGCAGUCCCGUCCCCCAGAGCUCCCCGCUGAUGUCUGAGCACGCUGUAGAAGACGUGAGUUUCUUUCUCUGCAGGGACAGUGACCCCUCCAUGUCCGACGACCUGUCCUCUGUGGCCAUCCCGCCCCCGGCCGUAGAGGAGGGAUCGGAGCUGCCGCACCCCAGGGAGUUCCCUCUGGGCUUUGAGCCGCUGCGCUCGGAGCAGCUCGCUGAAAUGAGGAUGCAGAGCUCUCCGGUCGUCAAGGAUCCUUUUUGCUCGCCUCUUCUGGCUCCUGACAGCAUGCUGAAGGGGCUGCCGCCUGUACACAUAGUGGCUUGUGCGUUGGACCCCAUGCUGGACGACUCUGUGAUGUUUGCCAAGCGUCUGAGGAGCGUCGAGCAGCCCGUCACACUGUGCGUGGUGGACGACCUCCCCCACGGCUUCCUCAGCCUCUCGCAGCUCUCCAGGGAGACGAGGGAGGCCGCCAACGUCUGCGUGGAGCGAAUCCGCUCCGUCUUCAACCAGGAGGACACGCCCCCGGAGCCACGCAAGCACCGCAAGCUGGAGCGGACCGACAGGGGCAACCUGAGACCUUCUGGAGAAAACGGUGCUCUCCUUCCCGACCCCAUUGACGACCCAGAGGCAGCCGUCGGGAGAGGUUCUAAAAUCUCUGAUGGGGAGGGCUUGGUUGCUGUCGCAGCCCAAAAUAACACUGACGCCGGUGGCAUCGGUGCUUAAAUGAGGUUUGGGGUUGGGGUGGCGGGGGGGAGGAGAGGCUGCGGUUCACCCACAGGAGUGAAGAGAGAGAGAGGGGAGUAAAUGAAAGUCAGACUGAUGUAGGCAGCGCAACUCCUAAAUGAGAAACGAAGGCAGCAUCUUAGGAAAACAGAAAGAGGAGUGGGAGGGGGCAGUCUGGGGGGGGGGAAAGCUCAGUGAACAAUAAAUAAGAGGAGGUGGAGCGCUGAAAUGUAUCUCCUUCUGCUUCUCGAUUCUUACCAUUCGUCCGCGCGCCAUUAUGCACCAACGCAAAUCUGGCAGACAAAACGAACCCACCCACAAAAAGGCAGUCAUGUUUCAGAAUGAGAUAAUUUAAAAGCUUCUCAGAUCAAAGACCAAUACACACGCGCACACACACACACACAGAGCAGCACACAUACUUAAAGGAGUCGCUGUUAGGCAGGCGAAGCUCAGACAUAAAGCACAAGCAACGCUGCUACGACGACGCCUGAAUGGGUGAUUCAUCUGGGCCGCGGCAGGCCCUAAUCAGAUAGCCGUGGGCACACUGUACGCUUCAUCCGCAUCAAUGUGGCCACUUGUCCUUUAGGAAUCCACUCUAAAUCACCCUUAAUAACUCCACGUUGUCUUCCCCAUUAUGCCUGUUUGGGAGUCAAUAUAGCUCACUUUGUGGGUUGUAACUGUGUUGACUCUCUCCAAAUAGAAUAACGAAGCUAAACACAACAAACCAAAAGACUCCAAGCUAAAGGAAUUGAUUUACUUGAUUUCUUGAGAAUUACGCUUUUUUUUUUUUUUU